AUGACUCCAGCUGUGGCUGCUACACCAGUCACUGCCGCCCUAGCGGCUGCAACCGCCAUUCCCAUGGAUGCCAUUGGCAAGUGGAUUGACUCCAUUUGGAAGAAUUAUGAAAAUGAACUGAAGGGAUGGGAGGAGGUGAUCACCUCAAUGCAACUCGUUGCUCUCGAGCUCCUUAACAAAAUCAGAAGCAUGAUUGACCCUUUGGAGGUACAGACCAGGAGGCUUUUGCAGAAGGCUGAUUUUCCAAUUGAGGAGGGAGCAGAAGCAGUAAAGCUCGGAAUAGCAGACAUCAAGAAAAAGCUGAGAGAUUUCAUGAAGGGGGUUGAAGGACUAGGAAAACAUGCUGACAUGUGCAGCCGCAAUAUCCAGAAAUCGAGGAUAGAGGUGCUCCAGAGGAUUAUAAAGCCCCCCACCAAUUGCAACGGUGCCCCUAUUUUGCUAUAG